CGCUGCCGUCCCGUUCUUCGGCAUAUCGGUAGACCAGGACGACAUCCUUCCCGGAGCCCUGCGCCUCAUCCAGGAGCUGCGGCCGCACUGGAAGCCGGAGCAAGUUCGGACCAAGCGCUUCACUGAUGGCAUCACCAACAAGCUGCUGGCCUGCUACGUGGACGAGGACAUGCGGGACUGCGUGCUGGUGCGGGUGUAUGGUGAGCGGACGGAGCUGCUGGUGGACCGGGAGAGCGAGGUCAGGAACUUCCAGCUGCUGCGAGCACACGGCUGUGCCCCCAAACUCUACUGCACCUUCCAGAAUGGGCUGUGCUACGAGUACCUGCAGGGGGUGGCCCUGGGGCCCGAGCACAUCCGGGAGCCCCAGCUUUUCAGGUUAAUUGCCUUAGAAAUGGCGAAGAUCCACACUAUCCACGCCAACGGCAGCCUGCCCAAGGCCAUGCUCUGGCACAUGAUGCACAGUUACUUCACGCUGGUGAAGAACGAGAUCAACCCCAGCCUCUCUGCAGAUGUCCCCAAGGUGGAGGUGUUGGAGUGGGAGCUGGCCUGGCUGAAGGAGCACCUGUCCCAGCUGGAUUCCCCUGUGGUGUUUUGUCACAAUGACCUGCUCUGCAAGAACAUUAUCUACGACAGCACCAAAGGGCAUGUGCGGUUCAUCGACUAUGAAUAUGCCGGCUACAACUACCAAGCUUUCGACAUUGGCAACCAUUUCAAUGAGUUUGCAGGUGUGAACGAGGUGGAUUACUGCCGGUACCCAGAGCGGGAGACCCAGCUGCAGUGGCUGCGCUACUACCUGCAGGCACAGAAAGGGACGGCCGUGACCCCCAGGGAGGUGGAGAGGCUCUACGUGCAAGUCAACAAGUUCGCCCUGGCAUCUCACUUCUUCUGGGCUCUCUGGGCCCUCAUCCAGAACCAGUACUCCACCAUCGACUUCGACUUCCUCAGGUAUGCAGUGAUCCGAUUCAACCAGUACUUCAAGGUGAAGCCUCAGGUGUCGGCCUUGGAGAUGCCAAAGUGACCGGCCACCCAUCCCUCCAGCCCCUCUGCCAAGCCAGACCUGUUCCCGCAGGACGGUUCUGUUCUGGGGCCCUCAACCUUGGGCAAGGUGGGAGA